AUGACACAAUGUGAUAGGUAUCUUGGCCUUCCUAUGGCUAUUGGGAAUUCAAAGGUUAACACCUUCAAGGACAUCCAGGAGAAAAUUACAAAGCGUGUGAUGGGGUGGAAAGAGAAGUUUAUCUCCAAGGCAGGCCGGGAGAUCUUAAUAAAAACCGUGGCACAAGCAAUUCCCACAUAUUCCAUGAGCCUCUUCAAAUUACCAAGAUCCUUAUGCGACAACAUUAACUCAUUGGUGGCAAAAUAUUGGUGGGGACAACAUCAAGAUGAAAGGAAGAUCCAUUGGAUUAAUUGGAAGAAGCUUUGCACUCAAAAAAAGAAUGGGGGAAUGGGAUUUCGUGAUCUUCACUCUUUUAACCUAGCAAUGCUCUCUAAGCAAGCAUGGAGGUUAAUAGAGGAUACACACUCUUUGUUCUACAAGGUAUACAAGGCUAGGUACUUCCCAAACGGUUCAUUCAUGAUGGCUGAAGUAAGGAGUAGCCCAUCCUUUGUGUGGAGAAGCCUACUGGCAGCUAGAGAUAUCUUGGUGGCUGGAUCAUAUUGGCGUUGGGGAUGGUAG